UAGCCGAGUGAUGCCGGACUUUCGGUGACGUUAUUCCGCCCGCCCCUUCCCCCGCCCGGUUCUCACUGCUCCUCCUUCCCCCUUCCCAGUUCCACUACCAGGCUGGAGUCCCCGGCAGCACGGCGCGCAACACAACACACUGACAGCUGCGACUGACUCACAACCAAGGGGGCAAAGAUGGAGCACAGAGACGCCGACUUCAACAUAAUGCUCGCGACCGAUUCAUACAAGGUAACACAUUACAAACAGUACCCCCCGAACACAAGUAAAGUGUACUCCUACUUCGAGUGCCGUGAGAAGAGGACAGAUUCCACCAAGAGCCGAAAAGUCAAAUAUGACAAAACCGUCUUCUACGGCCUGCAGUACAUCCUCCACAAAUACCUUAAAGGAAAGGUAGUGACUCCAGAGAAGAUCCAGGAAGCGAAGGAGGUAUACAGAGAGCAUUUCCAGGAUGAUGUUUUCAACGAGAAGGGGUGGAACUACAUUUUGGAGAAAUAUAAUGGACACCUGCCUAUUGAAAUCAAGGCAGUGCCAGAGGGGAGUGUCAUUCCUCGGGGCAAUGUUUUGUUCACAGUGGAGAGCACAGACCCUGAAUGCUAUUGGCUCACCAACUGGGUGGAGACCAUUCUGGUUCAGAUCUGGUACCCCGUCACUGUGGCGACCAACUCCAGAGAGCAGAAGAAGAUCCUCGCCAAGUACCUGCUGGAGACUUCUGGGAACUUGGAGGGACUGGAGUACAAACUGCAUGACUUUGGCUACAGAGGCGUCUCCUCACAAGAGACUGCGGGCAUUGGGGCCUCCGCCCAUCUGGUCAACUUCAAGGGCACAGACACCGUUGCCGGCAUCGGAGUCAUUAAGAAGUACUAUGGCACCAAGGACCCAGUGCCAGGCUUCUCAGUGCCUGCUGCAGAGCAUAGUACCAUCACAGCGUGGGGGAAGGACCAUGAAAAAGAUGCCUUUGAGCACAUCAUCAAGCAGUUCCCCAACGUUCCCGUGUCCAUAGUCAGCGACAGCUACGACAUCUACAACGCCUGUGAGAAGAUCUGGGGGGAAGACCUGCGGGGCCUGAUAGAGAAGCGCAGUGCGGACGCUCCGCUGGUUGUGCGUCCAGAUUCAGGAAACCCUCUCGAUACGGUUUUGAAGGUUUUGGAGAUCCUGGGUAAGAAGUUUUGCCCAGUGGAGAAUUCUAAAGGUUUUAAGGUUCUCCCUCCUUACAUCAGAGUCAUACAAGGAGACGGAGUUGAUAUCAACACGCUGCAAGAGAUUGUGGAGGGUAUGAAGGAACACCGGUGGUCCAUUGAGAACAUUGCCUUUGGCUCCGGAGGGGCUCUGCUGCAGAAACUGACCAGAGAUCUGCUCAACUGCUCCUUCAAAUGCAGCUACGUGGUCACUAAUGGACUGGGGGUGAAUGUGUUCAAGGACCCAGUGGCGGACCCCAACAAGAGGUCAAAGAAAGGUCGCCUGUCUCUGCACCGGACACAGAGCGGAGACUUUGUCACCCUGGAGGAGGGCAAGGGCGACCUGGAGGAGUAUGGCGUGGACCUGCUGCACACAGUCUUUCAGAACGGGAAGAUUGUGAAGACGUACACAUUUGAUGAAGUCAGAGACAAUGCUAAGCUCAAAGAGAGUGAGCUUUAAGAGCUGCUGCACUGAACGCAGCACUACUGAACCACCCCCACCCCCCCACCCCCAACACACACACAGACAGACACACACACUCACACACACACCUUCCUCCUUAACCCCCAAAGCAACCCCUUACCCUCUUUUAACCCUUCACCUUCUGGCCUCCGACGUCACCUCAGUAAUUGGAGGUUGCGUGCACUGCUAAUAGAUCCAACUCCCAAAGCCUGAACCCACCACCACCCAUUCCUAAAAGCUUGAGAAGUCCCUUAAAAUUUAAAGAAAUUCAACCUAAAUUUAAAAACACCGUUGGUGGAAACUCCCACACACCGAUGACUGGCGACGGAUGUGAAGAGGAGGGGGCAAAUGAAUGAGAGGUACAGUAAGCAAGUGAGAAAUUGACCCUCGGCGUGCUGCACUGAUAGGCGAGACACGUUGCAAUGUAAGAAUGUGAUUGGCUGCUGAUAGGCCAAUGCGUUGGCAGGCUUUUCUGCCGACACAGACGCAAAUCAGGUAAUUGUAGGUUUUUCGAAGAGUUCCCGGCGGCUGCGCGCAGAGUGAACGCCACAGUGAGUCAGAGUGAGAAAGGUGAUGACAGAGAAAUACGAAGCCACACCCACACCAAUGACCUUGCCCCGCGUAUUGUGUACAGAACUGUUCAUCAAAAACAAAAAAGAAAAAAAAAAUACAUGUCUGAAUCUACUUAGCUUUGUCUUUUUAUGUGAAGGAAGAAAACGAUGAUUAUGGUCUUUGGUGCACCGAUAACAUUCGUUAACUGUUAUGUUGCGACCACUCGGAAUCAAAGAAGACUUUUAAUGCUUUUAAUGUAGUUGUGGCCCAAACAAUUAAAAGGCCAACAUUUAUCAAGUACUGCCUGGAUAUUUUGUACUCUUUACUCCGCCAAAUAAAAAUGUUAUUGGUGCAUCUCUGAAGGUAUAUUAAUAAUCAUCUGCUUGCCAUUAUGUUGGGAGCGUUCACAUCGUGAAGGCCCCGAUUCUGCUGACAAAUUCUUCUCAAAGUGAUGUUUUCAAUGUUUUUUUUAUCAUUGGAUUGGAUUUUAGUGAAAAGUUUCCGAUCGGGGUCUUCAUGAUGGAUGGAUGCUCUUGAAAACUGGUCUUUGCUUUGUCUUUGGUAUAAGACUAAAAGUUGAUGUAAAAAAAAAAAAAGAAGAAGAAAAAAAAAAUACAUCACAGAAAUUGUCUUCACUGGAAUGAAGAUGAUCUAAUUAUGUGUUUAUGGAAGACUGCAUAUAUGGCUUCUGGAGAAAUGUGUGUUAAAUGUUGGUUCUGAUACGUGUGUGCGCUUGGGUCUGUGUGUGUGCUUGUGUGGUUGUGUGUGCGUGAGUGCACUGACGUUUUCUUCCUCUAAAGGAUUGUGUAGUAUUCCUUUAUGCAAACGCGCUUGUUGAUCGAGGGGAAUAGAGGACACUCUUCCUUUUUACUUUAGCCGGCCUUUUUAUUCUGAAAGGAGACGCAGCGUUGUGACAGAUUGGUGUUGGAACAGCAACGUACUGGCCAUGCUUUGGCAGUAAAACAUCACCCUUGGUAUCACUGCCUUAACUUGCGCAAAACAGGGAAACUUCAACAGCCUUGUUUCCCCAAAAACUGUAAAUGUGUCCAGUGAUGGCACCUGUUGUCCUGUUUGGAUCCAUUGCACAUAAUCUUGCUGAUAAUGCCUGUUGGAGUUGUGAUCAUCUUCCCAUUCAGAGCAUCUCGGUGGAGUGUCACCACUGUCUGCAGGCAUGUUCAGUCACACUGCUGAGUUAGCCCUUUCAGAGUGAAGGGACUUUUCUGUCACAGAACUACGAUGCUAUUUAAGAGGAGCUUGGAGCUGGUGACGACACAGGAAUUACUUCUUUUUUUGUUUUUUGUUUUUUAAAGAUGCCAUCUGUAAAAACCUAGUUAGCUCCGUUAGCCAUGCAGCUAGCGGUCAGCAGUAGGAGCUAAAGCAAACCGAGGAAGUUUUGGUGUUUACAUACCAAGCACAGGAGUGUUGGACCAGGUUGGGGCUAGCUGGUUAGCAUACUAAGUGCGGUAGAUAUCUGCAAAACAAUACAUAGACUUCAUAAUGUCAAACCUGUUAUUUUUUCACAUUCUAUUGAUAAUAUUAAGUAAUUUUUUUAAUGUUUUUUAAGUAAAACCCUUUUAUAAUACCUGUGUUGAGACUUAGACCAGGGGCAUGGGAGCUUAGACUGGGACGGACGGAGGCUAGCUGGUUAGCAUGCUAAUUUGAGUAAAUAUGUCUUCAACACUAUAUAGUCGCAUCAUAACGUCAAAACUAGCGUUAACACGGUAAAUGUUGUACCUGUGAAACAUCAGCAUCGUCACAAUGUCCAUGUGAGCGCGAUAGCAUGCUGACAUUAGCAUUUAGCACAAAGCACAGCCUCAAAGCCGUUCGCAUGGCUGUGAACUGUCACGCUGAGAAAGCUCCAGGUGAAGUCUGUUCUCUGCCAGCACACGGCUUCACUCGUUCUCUCUUGGGAUUCGGUUUCACUUUCCCUGUGGGCGCCAACCCCGCCAGCUCUCCGUGACUUAAGCAAAGACCUUGAAGGAAACCUGUGAUGUCACCAACUCCCGCCUCCCACGUCCAACCAAGCUGCUCAAACAGUGACAAGCUAGUAAACAAUGUUACACCGUUUUCUUUACUUUUCUUUACCCUGUUUUUGCACCUGUCACCACUGUUACGUGUAUCUGUCAAAUCAUCUGUUAAUCCGAUUGUUCUGGAGGAACGACACAGUUUUUAUUUCUUUUUUUUUUUUUUUCCAAUUAUGGGCUGCAUUUUAGUAAAACUUUUGAUUUUACUAUUUUGAUACUGUCUCGGUUCUUACCUCAGAGAAACAUUAUUUUGUAUGACAAAAGGAGAAAAAUAAUGCCAGAAAUAUUGCAGUAACCUUAUUUACGAACGAUGCGGCCAUACUGCCUUCUCACUUGUACAUACGACAACUAGCCUGACUGAAAGCGGCGAGGGCAGGUUCGGGAGAGGAAAAACAAUAGAUUCUAUUAUUAUUAUUUUUUUUGUCAGAACGACUGUUUUUGUACCAACAGAAGAAUAUCCAAAACAGCUUGAGUGAAUUGGCAGUGUGACUGUUUGUUGCGACUGUCAAGCUUUUAGCUUCAGUGUGUGUGUGCGUGUGCAUGUGUGUGUGUGUGUGUGCGCGCGCCUCCUUUGUUACGGAUGAAAACGUGUUUGUGAAUACCUUUUUUUCUUUCUUUUUUGUUGUUGUUGUUGUUUUACUUGUAUGUAUAUGUUGGUUGUCCCAAAUUCUCUCCCAACACAACUGAUAUUUUAACUAACAUAACUUGCUAUAUUGUCAACAAUACAUUGAUUAAAGAUACCACCCUGUCAGUUUGAAA